AUGUCAUCUUCUUUGUUCUACACCUCCCUAUGCUUCUCUCUUCUCUCUUGUAUCUUCAUCCCUCCAGCUUUUUCCAUCUCAUCAUACACCCAUCACUGUUCUUCCACUGUCAUUGAAUCCACCACUAAUUUCCCUACUCAAAUCCACUCUGUUCCCCGUUUCUUUUCUUCUUAUAUCAUCGGUGGAGACACGCUUCUGGGCACGAAACCAGCGAACCAGUCGUAUUACUAUGUUGGAAAUACUGUCAGGCUCCGAGUUCUGCCCAAUUCCUAUAAAACCAUCGAGGGGGGCGUCUACAAGGUCGAAGCUUCCUUAUCCCUCCGCUCUCCUUACUGGUAUUAUAGUAACAGAACUCGAGGGAAUCACGGGUAUGGUGGAUCUUCGUCUUAUUACCGUAGGAGUAGGAGGGUUCGUGGGUCGAUCAGGUUUUCUUUGAGUGGGUUCUGGUCGGAGACUUCGAGGAAGCUUUGUAUGGUUGGGUCGGGUUCUGGGGAGGUUGAGGAGGGCAAGAAUGUUAAUCUUGAUGCUGUUCUUAAGCUUCACUUUGCUAGUGAGAAUCCAGAUAUAUACACUAGUGUUGCGAGCGGGAUUCUGGAGAGCGCAGGCUCUGCCAAUGAUCCGGGCUACUUUGACCCGAUUUUGAUGUUCAGUUUCCCUGAUUUUCCCAACUAUAACUACUCGUUGGUGUCGGAAGAACUCGGUGGAGGGAGUUCGGGUGGUUCUGAGGUUGUGAAAGGUGAGAAUCUUAGCUGGGAACCGUCGAGGAUUUGUUCGGUCUUGACAUGGAGAUCGAUGGUGUUGGAGUAUGCAGCGGAUUGCAAGGGGAGUCAGCAUUGUUCUCCACUUGGUGGUGCUAAUGGAUUCUUGCCUGGAUUUCUGUCCCUGCAACCAAUCCAGUGUUCAGGGGAUGAAAGAAGGUUGAGGUACUUGGCGAUGUUUCAAAACACCAGUUAUGUUGAUAUGAGUUUUGGGCUUGAUUCGACGUUGAUUGGAGAGGCGGUGUGGGACGAUAAGAACCAUCAGCUGGUUCUUGUUGCAUGUCGAGUCUUGAACCCUGUUAGCGAUUUGGGGAGUACGGUGGGGGAUUGUAUGUUUAGGUUGACCCUGAGGUAUCCUUCAAUUUGGACUAUAAGAAAUGACACUCAGAUCGUUGGGCAACUUUGGAGCAACAGAAGUGUUGAGGAUUCCGGGUAUUUUAGGAACAUUGAUGUCAGGAGUUAUGAUGAUCAUUUGGUUGUUUUUCCAUGGCUGAGAUACGAGUACACGGAAUUGGAGAGGGCAAGAGGUUCUUGCACUGUGAAGAAGACUGGUAAGAAGGGGAGCGUGUAUCCGGACGGCCAUUCCUAUGAUAUGCGGUUCGAUAUGUCUGUCAAGAAUGCCAAAGGCAAACAGUUUGCUUGGGGUUCUGCGGUGCCUGUUUCUGUUGGAGAUCAGUUGUAUGAAACACGCAAUAUGCUUGUUGCGGUAGACUCUGUGGCGUUUGCUCCUGGAUUUGCAGCUAUUUCUGAACCUGAGAUGAGUGCCAAUAAAGGUCCUUUGAAUAUCAGCUACCGAAUAAGCAUCAACCCUUAUCCUGAAGUAGAAUCCAGUGACUUGUUUCGUGCCCUCAACCGGUCGAUGAAUCUUCAACAUGUAGUCGAGAUCACAGCUGAAGGAGUGUACAGUGCUGAGACAGGAUUCCUAUGCAUGGUGGGCUGCAGAAAGUUGCUGUCACAUGAUCAGAACUCCAGAAGUAUUUCCAGAGACUGUGAGAUUCUUGUGGAAGUCGAGUUUGCUGCAUUGAAUGGAAAAACAGACGGUCGUACCAAGGGAACCAUCAGAAGCACUCGAGCAAAAGACGAUCCUCUUCAUUUUGAGGAUUUGAGCAUGUCCUCUUCUGUAUUCUACACUGAGAUGGCUGAACAAUCAAUAUGGAGAAUCGACCUAGAGAUAACCAUGGUCUUGGUAUCUAACACGUUUUCGUGCAUCUUUGUUGUGCUGCAACUCUUGCACGUGAAACGAAAUCCUGAGGCACUCUCUUGCAUUUCACUCGUCAUGCUUGUGAUACUCUCCAUGGGGUAUAUGAUCCCACUAGUGUUGAACUUUGAAGCCCUGUUCUUGGGAAGCCACAACAAGCAAACGCUACUCCUCAGCACUGGCGGAUGGGUUGAAGCUAACGAAGUAUCCGUUCGUGUGAUAACGAUGGUGGCAUUCUUGUUACAAAUACGCUUAGUCCAAAUGGUCUGGACAGCAAAACGCAACAACAGUAACGAAAAAGGCUCAUGGACUGCAGAGAAAAAGGCCGUUGCCGUCUCAUUGCCAACGUACAUUUGCGGUGGCUUGCUCACAUUACUAGUAAACUGGACAAGAAACAGAUACGGCUAUCAAGUAGAUAGCUCUUCAUACAAUGUUUUAAAGAGACAUUCUCUUUGGGGCGACUUAAGGUCGUACGCUGGUCUGAUUCUUGAUGGUUUCCUUCUCCCACAAGUCCUGCUCAAUGUCUUCAUGGGUUCAGCUGAGAAAGCUCUCUCUCAUCCAUUCUAUGUCGGUAUCAGCGCCGUCCGAUUGGUGCCCCAUGCUUAUGAUCAGUACAGGGCACACAAUUACCCGGCAUCAUAUGUCAACGGGACAUACUACUAUGCAAAUCCAACCGCGGAUUUUUACUCCACAGCCUGGGACGUUAUCAUCCCGUGUGGAGUUAUCGCGUUGGCGGUAAUCGUUUUCCUGCAGCAGCGGCGCGGCGGCCGGUGGAUUCUUCCUCAGAGGUUCAGGGAGUUGGAGUUGUAUGAGAAGGUGCCUGUUGUUAACACUGAGUGA